UAAGUAGUCUGUGCUUCAAAUUUAAUUAUUUCUUCCACUAAUCUUUGACAUGGUUUAUGAUAAAAGAUCCUUGAAUGUUUGAUACAAGAGGUGUAGCAGAGCAAAUCCCAUGUGAAUACUAAAAGAACAAACUAAAUGAUAAAAUACGAUACAUUUAAAAUGUUUAUAUGAAAUGAACAAAGCUAUGCUGAAAUUGAACAAUAGUUUUUGCAGAUACUGGAGAUUCACGUAUGGAAUUAGCAAAACACAGCAGUCUUCAUACAGGAGUUGUAGUGGCAAGACAUGCAUUGCUUGGUACAAUCAACAAACAGUUGGUCGUUUUAUUCACACCGCAGUGCAGUGUCAACUGCUAGCGAAUAUAAAAAAGAGGUUCCGAAACAAAAAAACAUAUAUAUAUUUAAAUGAUACAAGAACAUCUAAACAAAUGAGUGAACCUGUGCCAACUGUGCAUCAUGUUAGCUAUGGUGGCAGAUUUGAAGUCUCAGAAGAUGAGAACAUCUCUAGUGAAUGGAGGCGACGCUCUGAUGAGAACAGUCCACCUCAGGAAAUUCCUUCUAACUUUCGACUUUGGGAACCAGUUAAUGUCACAAAUGACACACAAAAUGGUGAUGCACUUAGAUUUAAAUUAGUAUCAUAUAAUGUACUUGCCCAAUACCUAUUAGAAUGCCACCCCUACCUCUACACCGAAUGCAGCCAGAGGAAUCUGAGUUGGAAUGUACGGGCCGCUAAGUUAUACGAUGAAAUUUUACAGCUAGCACCUGAUAUAUUUUGCCUACAAGAAGUACAAGUAUCGCAUUUAAAAUCUUUCUACAGCAAAUUCGAGGAGUUAGGUUACCUCGGUAUUUUCAAACAGAAAACGGGACACCGCCAAGAUGGGUGCGCGAUAUAUUUUAAAGAGUCCUUAUUUCAUAUGCAAGAUCAAAUCAGUGUGGAAUUCUAUCAACCGGAAUUACCUAUACUGAAUCGUGAUAACAUUGGUCUGAUGGUCAAAUUGGCCCCAAAGAACUCUCCGACUUCACCAUUCGUGGUAGCCACCACCCAUCUACUGUAUAACCCGAAGAGGACAGACGUCAGAUUAGCACAGCUACAAGUAUUGUUGGCCGAAAUAGACAGAUUCGCUUAUAGCAAUAAUGGAAGAGAAUCAAUAUACCUCCCUACGAUAUUGACGGGAGAUCUAAACUCAACUCCAGACAGCGCUGUCAUACAACUGCUGAACCGAGGAUAUGUAAGUGCGAAACCCUACCGAGAAAAAGACUAUUCUGACUUCAAGAAGAUUGGGGUGACUGACAACUGUCAACAUUUAGCUGUAUACUUGAAUAGACAGAAGGGCGUACCCACCGACUUUAGUAUGACGAAGUUACAAAACACAGAUUACGACACAGGCGAUAUCUCCUACGAUACAAACUCGCAGAAUCACAGCGAGUUAUUCAAUACGGGCGGCCUGGGACACUCGCUCAAACUCAAGUCAGUGUACGACAACGUGAAAUUGGACGGAAGUAUAGAGGCUACGACUUUUCAGGACUAUUGGGUUACUGUUGAUUAUAUUUAUUUCAGUCGUUGCAGCAGCCUGAGGCUAGUCGAACGUCUACGGUUACCCACGGAGCAGGAAUGUGUAGUGCUAGGGCAGCUGCCCAACGACAAAUACGGCUCCGACCACCUCGCCCUAGCGGCCACCUUCGAGCUCAAGUCCGUCAAAGCUAACUUGUGAUAUCUCUUUGUUGUUUAUUGGGUGAAUCUUCAAGAAAAGUUUUUUGACCUACACGAAGUCUUAUCGUGGUAGCACG